CUUGGGCGGGUGGCGGGCGCUCGGGUGCCGCGCAGCUCCGUCCGAGCGCAGAGCGCCACGGGCUUCGGACCGAGCGUGGAGCUGGGCGCUCGCUGGAAGCCGGCGAUGGGGGCAGGUGCUGCUAGCCGCGCCGAGGACCGGCCGCACCCACUGCUGCUGCUGCUGCUCCUGGGGGUGUCUCUCGGAAGUGCCCAGGAGGCAUGCCCCACCAGCCUGUACACCCACAGUGGGGAGUGCUGUAAAGCCUGCAACCUGGGCGAGGGUGUGGCCCAGCCCUGCGGAGCCAACCAGACAGUGUGUGAGCCCUGCCUGGACAGUGUGACGUUCUCUGACGUGGUGAGUGCCACAGAGCCAUGCAAGCCCUGCACGGAGUGUGUGGGCCUGCAGAGCAUGUCUGCGCCCUGCGUGGAGGCCGAUGAUGCUGUGUGCCGGUGUGCCUACGGCUACUACCAGGAUGAGGUGACCGGCCACUGUGAGGCCUGUAGCGUGUGUGAGGCCGGCUCGGGCCUUGUGCUCUCAUGCCAGGACAAGCAGAACACCGUGUGCGAGGAGUGCCCCGAUGGCACAUACUCGGAUGAGGCCAACCACGUGGACCCGUGCCUGCCCUGCACGGUGUGCGAGGACACUGAGCGCCAGCUGCGUGAGUGCACGCGUUGGGCGGAUGCCGAGUGCGAGGAGAUCCCUGGCCGUUGGAUUCCCCGGUCUACACCCUCAGAGGUCUCAGACAGUACAGCUCCCAGUACCCAGGAGCCCGACAUACCUCCAGAGAAGGAUAUUGUCGCCAGCACAGUGGCAGAUGUGGCUACCACAGUGAUGGGCAGCUCCCAGCCUGUAGUGACCCGAGGCACAACGGACAACCUCAUCCCUGUCUAUUGCUCCAUCCUGGCCGCUGUGGUUGUGGGCCUCAUGGCCUACAUUGCCUUCAAGAGGUGGAACAGUUGUAAGCAGAACAAACAAGGAGCCAACAGCCGGCCUGUGAACCAGACGCCCCCUCCUGAGGGAGAAAAACUCCACAGUGACAGUGGCAUCUCUGUGGACAGCCAGAGCCUGCACGAGCAGCAGCCUCACACACAGACAGCCUCCGGCCAAGCCCUCAAAGGUGAAGGAGGCCUGUACAGCAGCCUGCCCCCUGCCAAGAGAGAAGAGGUGGAGAAGCUGCUCAACGGCUCUGCGGGGGAAACCUGGCGGCACCUGGCCGGUGAGCUGGGCUACCAGCCGGAGCACAUAGACUCCUUCACCCACGAGGCGUGUCCUGUCCGAGCCCUGCUUGCCAGCUGGGCUGCCCAGGACAGCGCCACACUGGAUGCUCUUGUGGCCGCCCUGCAGCGCAUCAAGCGACCUGACAUUGUGGACAGCUUGUGCAGCCAGUCCACAGCCACGUCCCCGGUGUGAGCCCGCCCACUGGGGAGCCCCUGCCCCGCCCCCACAUUCCGAUGACUGAUGCUCCAGCCAGUCCCCAUGGAGCCUGUACCCCUGGGGUGGGCCAGCAGUCAGAGCUGAGCUUCUCUGUGCAAGGCCUCCAAGGCCAGGACCCCAAAUCACAGCCCUGUCACUGCCCCUGAGUGGCCUCCUUUGCUUCUGAUCACACAUCUUCCCUAGGAAGAGAUGUGAUCCUUCUUGUUUCUGCCCUGCCCCAUAAGCCUUCCCUCCCUGGUCCCACGCUGGAUGGGACAGCCCCUCCCACCUUAGUGGUAUCAGCUGGGACACUGAUACCAAGGAUCAUACUGGGGGGGGGGGGGGCAGUGACAAGGCCCCAGAGACUCAGAAGGCGGUACUGAGGAACCAGAGCCAUGGACUCUACACUGUGAACUUGGGGAGCAGGGAGCUUCAAAGUGGCCUAAAUACUCCCUCCCCCCCUCCCUGCUGGCCAAAGAUGAAGAGGAUCAGAUGUCUGUCUCAGCUGGAAGCAGCUUUGAAA